GAUUUGACGUUUGUGAUUAUAAAUUUAAAAUAAUUUGAAUAAUGGUAAAAACUAAAAUGUUUAAAUAACAGUUUUGCUAAAUCAUUAAUCAUAAUCUUUUUAUUCGACUAGAUGGCAAUUGGCGUAUUCUCAUAUUCUUCAGUGGAAUAGUGAAGAACAAACAACAAUAAUGUUCGAAUCAGAUGAUUAUGAUCAGGUGCUAUCUCAAUUGGAUUUCCCGGAGUUGUCUGAAAAAUUGCAAUCCAAGAACACGGAUCCAAUUCUUCACAGUAAAGAAUCUCAGGCUAAUCACAGGAACCUUAAUGAGCCAAGUAAGGGUCCUGCUACAGAUUUGCAAACAAGUAAUUUAGUUAAUUCUAACUUAAAUAAGAAGAAAACCAAAUUACAUGACAAGAGUCCAGUAUCACCAACUCAUUUAAAAAGAAAAAUGUUAAAUUCAUACUUUGAUCACAAAAGUAAAAGAAAGUUCCCUGGACCGGCGGGUCUUUUAACUGGUUCCUUUGAAGAGAAAAAGAAUGAUACUAUUUGUCAAAUGGAACUUCUUUCACAGGAUGUAGAUUUUACUCAAAGCUAUAUUCACGGUGAUGUAUUUAACACACCUUUAUGGAAGAGACUGUUGGAAGAUACAAAAACUUUCAAUGAAAUAAAUACAAUAGGAGGCAUCAAACACCAGGCUUUAGUAGGCAAUUUGCAGAAAAAGAAGGCUCAUAUUGUCACAGCAUUUGUAGAGAAUGUGGACAGAUCAGGGGAUGAUCCUUUGAUCACUUUGAGAGAUAAAACAGGACAAAUAAAAUGCACUCUACACAGAGAUGCGUGGUCAUCAUUUUCUUCAUACAUUGUGGCAGAAUAUUGCGCCCUUGUAAUAUGGAAACCGACUGUGCUCACAACGGGAAGUGCAUUCAAGAAACACUAUCUAAAUAUUACUUUAAGUAAUAUAUGGGCUAUAUACAGCUCUGCGGUGAUCGCAGAUGGUGAAACGUUGGCAGAUGGUUUUCAAAUGACAUGUGAAGAAGAUUACACUAUUAUUAGAAUGAACAGAGAUGCAUCAGAUAUCAAUUCGUCAACUGGAAAUGAAAGCCUGCAAGAAAGUUUUGAUGAUUUGGAUAAUGUGUUUUUAGAUGAUGCUUUUUAGCAUUAUUAAUCUACGACUGAAAAUUGAUUUCAAAUUAGCCCUUCUAUAUCUAAUAGUUGCUGUAAAUAAAUAA